UGAUGGCGCCACAAUCGCAGCUGUCAUAGUUGUAAAUAUAACCUAAAACCUAACAAAAUAAUCGAAUAUUGGGAUUAAGUGUGAGUCACACCCUUACAUGCAACAUCACUUCGCAAAUCACUCCCUCACAAACUACCCUUUGACAAUGUUUCAUUAAAACCGAAUCAAAAUGGCGGAAUCAGACGUAGACGUAGUCAGGCAUACUUCUAAUUUAGUGCAGCCCCAAGAAAGACUGAAACAUUUAAUAAAUUACUGCAAUGCGGUGGAAGUGGACUUCCACAUACCACCAACCCGGUACUACCGAUCCGGGUUGGAAAUGGUCCGCAUGGCUAAUGUUUACUACAGCGAGGGAAAUCUCGAAAACGCGUACGUCUUGUAUUUAAAAUUCAUGACUCUGUUCCUGGAAAAAAUUCGCAGACAUCCCGAUUUUCACACAGUUCCUGUAAAGAUGAAAGCUAUUAAUCAGACAAAGCUGAGGGAAGUGCUGCCAAAGGCAGAGAAGCUGAAGGAGCAGUUGUUGAACCAGUAUAAGGAAGAAUAUAAUAGAUAUAUGGCUGACAGGGCAAGAAAAAAAAUAGAGACUCGGAAAUCCUUGGAUACGCUUGCAACCCAUUCCGACGUGGUAUCUACAUCCACUAUACGUGUACAUGAAAGUAAAGAAUCCGACAUCAAAAUGGCGCCAAGUGUAGCCGACGUCAAUUACCCAGAUCCUAAUGCAGAAUUAGAUAAUAAAACCCAAGAAAAUAAAGGACCCAAAUCAGAAAUACCCGGUAUGCCCACAGUAGACAGGUCAAAAAAACCAUUAGAUCCUUUAAGUACACGGUUUGAAUCUGUAGCUUUACGCCGAGUUAUCGUGCCUUCAAAGGUUAUGAUCCAGUUUCAAACAAUGGCACAAAGAAAUACUAUGAACAACAUAGAAACGUGUGGAAUCCUAGCAGGGAAAUUAGAGCAAGACAUACUCACUAUAACUCACAUGAUCCUACCAAAACAGAAAGGUACAUCAGACUCGUGUACUACCAUGAACGAGGAAGAAAUUUUUGAUUUUCAGGAUCAGCACAGUUUGAUUACAAUUGGAUGGAUACAUACUCAUCCCACGCAAACUGCAUUUUUGUCGAGCGUGGAUCUGCAUACUCAUUGUCCAUACCAGUUGUUAAUGCCUGAAGCGAUCGCAAUUGUUUGCGCUCCCAGGUAUAACGAAACUGGGUUUUUUGUCCUUACACCAGACUAUGGGUUAAAGUAUAUAGCGGGGUGUCGGAAGUCCGGAUUUCAUCCACAUCCAACGGAACCGCCGUUGUUUAUGGUUGCUGAACACGUGAAGAUCGACCAUAACGCGGAUCUGGAAGUGCUGGAUCUACGCACGGGGAUGAAUAAACCAAAGUUUUUAGAUGCUUGUUGAUUUAAUUUUUGUUGCUUUUAUUAUUUUACUUACCUUAAAAUUUUAACUCUACUUGAAAUCAAAUUGUAAUGUGAUAUUUAUAGCGGAUAAUAUAAAGUUUUUAUGGAAUAUUUCCUUAAUUUAAUUUCUGGUUAAUGUUAAUAGAUAUUUUUUUGAAGUGAAA